AUGGUGCGCACCGCCGAUCCCCCGCACGCGGCCGGUGGCCUCGAUCCGCACGGGCAAGGCCACCUGUGCUCCCACCCGGUGGCGCUCGACCACCUCUCGAUCGGCACUCGCGGCCCCGGCGGCUACCCGACGUCCUUAUCCGCGGCCGUUCACCCGGUCGGUCGCGCCGCUGGCUCCAGCGGCGGCCGUCACUGGCCGCCGUAUCACGCGUACUCGCUCAAUCAACGCGAGUGCUACGGCGCCUACGACCCGAUCGAUCACCGGCCACCCCCAUUCGACGGGCACCCACCAGAUCACCGGGACCGCGCCCGUGGCGCCGGUGGCUUCUCGGCGUCCAUGCCUCCUCCUCCGGCCCAUCGCCCUGCGGGAUACGACGUGGAUUCUCCCAGCGUCGUGCCGGCGCCCGAUCGUCACAUGAUAAGCAGCGGAGCCUCCUCUGGGCGCCCCCUCCGGCCACGGCGAGAGUCUGACAUUUCGCCCGUGCCGUCAGCGCUUAUCCGAUCUACACAAGGGGAGGGGUACCGCGAGCACCAGCACCACCGCGCCCGUGAUGAGAGCGGCCACAGCCCCCGCUUCCACUCGCCGCUCAGGGGAUCCAAGUCAGUGCCGUUGCCCGAGCGGCAUCGGUCGGAAGACGGACGCAAGGGAUCCAAGUCACUGCCGUCUGCCAAGCGGUACCGGUUCGAAGAUGGACGCAAGGGCUCUCCAAGCGGCAGGCACUGGUAUGAUGAUGGGGAGCGAUGUGGAAGCAGAGGCAGAUAUGCUGAUGGCCGGCACACCCAAGAGAUGGCCUACCCAUCAAGCUGUGACCAAGGGCUCCACAAUCUUGGUGAUAGCAAGAGGAAUCUCAGCCCGCACGACCAUGGCGAAAGUGUCCAGCACCACUUGUCGCUAAGAGUGAAUCCACCAUCGCCAAUGCCAAUGGAAAUGUCUCCAUGGGAUGAUGGCUAUAAGAGCCCGACAAGUCCAACAUACCGCUGCGAGGAUGUAGAACAAGGUUCACGUGAUGAAGAUAAGAAUGAGACUCCAGGUUGGCUUGAUUCAGACUACGACGCUUCAGGGAUUUCUGGAAGGGAUUCCAACUUCAAAAUUGAAGAUCCUGUUCUCAAGACAAAAGAAGAUUCUGCAUAUACUGAAUUGGUUGAUGAUUUUAUGGAUGCUGUGAUGAAAAGUUGGCGUGAUCCUAAUCCUAAUAUAAGAGUGGAUAAAGAAGCUGACCAAAAGCUAGCAGAUAGCAGGUUUGCUGAACUGGCUCUGAAGCGUUACAACAAAAACAAAAACAACAAGCUAUCCCUAGUUAACAGGCUAUUGUUGAUGGCGUGCGGGAGCCUGUGCUAUUUCUGCCCUGGGCUGACCACACGGUCCAGGAUGCCCGUGAAGCGGUACAAGAAGAUCCUUGCAGAGAUCUUUCCCAGAACACAGGAUGAAGAACCUAAUGAAAGAAGGAUUGGGAAGUUGUGCGAGUAUGCUUCGAAAAACCCUCUUCGGAUGCCAAAGAUCACAGUUUACUUGGAGCAACGUAUUUACCGGGACUUAAGAAGUGAGCAAUAUGGCUUUGCAAAAGUGGUGAUGUUGAUAUAUCGCAGGCUGUUGGUUUCUUGUAAAGAACAGAUGCCACUGUUUGCAAGUAGCCUAUUAAGCAUUGUACACACUCUUUUAGACCAAAAGAGACAGGACGAUAUGCGCAUCAUUGGGUGUGAAACCUUGUUUGAUUUUGCUGUCAAUCAGGUGGAUGGUACAUAUCAGUUCAAUUUGGAAGGGCUGGUCCCAAGAUUAUGUGAAAUAGCCCAAGAAGUAGGAGAAGAUGAGAGGGCAAAGUCCCUGAGAGCGGCAGCCCUGCAAUCCCUUUCAGCUAUGAUCUGGUUUAUGGGAGAGCUUUCUCACAUCUCAUCAGAGUUUGACAAUGUUGUUCAAGUUGUACUGGAAAACUACACACCUCACAAGAUGCAAAAUGAUGGUCAAAGUACCAAUGAUGCCGAUAACCAAUCGGUGCAAGAAGACCAAAAGGAUGAGCAACCUCCUUCCCCUUUUGUCAUCUCUACGGUCCCCUCUUGGGAGAACAUAGUUAAUGUUAAGGGAGGAGUAAAACUGCCAGAGGAAGACGCUAGGGAUCCUAAGUUUUGGUCCAGAAUCUGUGUGCACAAUAUGGCCAAGCUUUCUAGGGAGGCGACCACAUUCCGUCGCAUCUUGGAAUGUUUGUUUCGGUACUUUGGUAACAAUAGUUCAUGGUUGUCAGAAAAUGGACUUGCUCUAUGUGUCUUGUUGGACAUGCAACUUCUAGUGGAAAGCUCAGGCCAGAAUAUGCACUUAAUGCUGUCACUACUGAUAAAGCAUAUUGAGCACAAGGCGAUGGUGAAGCAGCCAGACAUGCAGCUUAGCCUCGUGGAGGUGGCAACUACCCUUGCAGAGCAAUCCAGUGCUAUGGCUUCAGCAGCAACAAUAGGUGCCAUAAGUGAUCUUGUGAGGCAUUUGAAAAGGACAUUCCAUAUUACUCUUGGCAGUAAAGAUUUGGAAUUAGUCAAAUGGAACGAAAAAUUCCGGAAGGCCAUAGAUGAAUGCCUAGUUCAGCUGUCAAAGAAGGUAUCUGAUGCUGGGCCAGUUCUUGACAUGAUGGCUGUGAUGCUGGAAAAUAUUGCGAGCACUGCUGUUGUAGCUAGAUCAACUGCAGCUGCUGUUUAUCGCACAGCUCAAAUAAUUGCUUCCGUGCCAAAUUUGCAGUAUCAGAAUAAGGUGUUUCCUGAAGCUCUGUUUCAUCAGUUGUUGUUAACAAUGAUCCACCCUGAUCAUGAAGCUCGUAUUGCUGCACACCGCAUAUUUGCUAUAGUCUUAGUUCCAUCUUCUGUUUCACCUUCAAUUCAAGCCAGUCCCUCUGGGCAGGCAAAGAAGCAUGACAUGCAGAGGACACUCUCUAGGGCUGUGUCCGUAUUUUCUUCUUCGGCUGCUAUCUUUGAAAAGUUGAAAAAGGACAAGUUCUCAGACAAUUCACAAGGAGAAAGCAAGGACAGUAGUUUGCAUAACAUUGGUGAAGGGACAGGACAACACAAGAGUCAAAUCCUGCCCGUGUCUCAAAGCCGUAAGCGUAGCAUGAAAGUUCCUAAUUUUUCCAUGAAAAGAGGCCCUUCAAUGGCCAUUAGAGCUCCUUCCGUAUCAAUCAGAGCUCCAUCAAUAUCUUUAAGAGGUCCUUCAAUGUCUUUAAGAGCACCUUCUAUGUCUGUAAAGGAAGACCAAAGUUCCUCAAGCAAGUCAGAUGAGGAAACGGAAUCAGUGUUGGUAAAGCUGAGCACUCGUCAGAUCACACUUUUGCUGUCGUCCAUUUGGGCUCAAGCAAUAUCUCCUGAAAACACUCCUGCAAACUAUGAAGCCAUUGCUCAUACUUACAGUUUGCUUCUGUUGUUCUCUGGAUCCAAGGCAUCAACUUUUGAGGCUCUUACUCAGAGUUUUCAGGUUGCAUUUGCUUUGAGGAGCCAUUCACUCACCGAAGCAGAUUCGUUAGCACCAUCUCGGCGCCGCUCCUUGUUUACUCUGUCCACAACCAUGAUUAUUUUCUCGUCAAGAGCUUACAAUGUGUUGCCACUAAUUCCAAUCUGUAAACAAAUGAUCAAUGACCGUGCGGCCGAUCCGUUCCUUCAUUUGGUGGAUGAGAGCAAACUUAUGGCCGUUAAAGAUUCCUCAGAUGACCCGUCAAAAAUAUAUGGAUCACCGGAGGACAAUGCGAAUGCACUGAGGUCCCUUUCAGAAAUAGAAGUAUCAGAAAGUCAAUCUCGAGAAUGCAUAGUCUCGACAAUCAUGAACAACAUUGCAAAUAUGAUGGAUGCCGAGUUGCAUAAUGUGAGAAGCCAAUUGCUAAGUGACUUCACUCCUGAUGACAUGUGUCCUAUGAGCACUCAGUUCUUUGAAGCACAUACUGAUAAUCCUUCAUCAGGGUCUCAUGAGACUGGCCACCACCAAGAGGCUAUGCUGAUUGACCUGGGGAAUGACCAUGAUGCUUUUGGGGAAGCUUCGGAAAGCACAGAAGCUUGCGCAUCUUCUGUACCUGCAUCAGAUCUUCUGAGUAUCGAUCAGCUUCUUGAAACGGUUGGCGCGGACGCAGCACCUCAGGCAGGAGCAGCUCCGUUGUCAACAGACAUGGCGUUCAAGGAUAUGACCAGCCAUUGCGAAGCCCUGACGAUCGGGAAACAGCAGAAGAUGUCCGCCUUCAUGAGCUUCCAGCAGAGCGUGCAGGCGGCUGGCCUGCCAAGCAGCCAGCCCAACGAGAUGGAGCUGGCUCUUUUCCAAGGCCCACAGUUGCCUCAGACCGCGGCGCGGAGCACGAACCCGUUCGCCGACGACAACCUGCAGGGCUUCCCGCAGCUCACGAACGCGCCCAACGGCGAGAACCCGCACCCGCCGCCGGCCCAGGACUUCCAGCAAGAUUUCCUCAAGCUGCCGGCGGCGAGCCCGUACGACAACUUCCUCCGUGCUGCUGGCUGUUAGAGGUCCAUCCUGCAGCAGCCAGAAGACCAUCAUUUACAUCCAUGGAUGACGGUGAUGAUGAUCUCAAGAUAGUCCCAGAGGAAGGUGUGUCGAUCAGUUUCUUCCAUUUUUGCAGAAGAAAAGGAAAAAAAAAAAGGUAUGUCCGCGUCUGAGGCCUUAGAGGCUCGACCGGAUUCGACACCCAUUCUUUACGUACGUACAGCUGUAUAUACGUACACGCGUAUAGGUUGGUUCCUUGUGUCCUUUUUUUUUUUUUUUUGCCAAUGCGACGUGUGUAGAGGGGCU